GAGUGGUGGCUCCGGUAAAUGGGAUGCAGAAUGUCUAAAAGGACAGGCAGAAGAAGAAACAACGCUAAACACAAGAAUGAGGAAUCGGCUACUGCCCUGAAUGAAUCAGAACACAUAUUGGAUCUUGGCAAGUUUGAAGAAAUGAAACGACCUCAACUUCAGACGUUAUGCAAACGGUUUGGACUUAAAGCUUCAGGAAAGGCAAGAAAAUUAUCCUUAUGAAUCUAUUUCUCUGUGGACCUAAAGUAACAGUUAUAUUACAGACAGUUUUCUCUUUAUAGGUAGGAGUAAAAUUAAAACUUGGUGGGAUAAAAGGGUGAUUUCCAAUUAUAGAUAAAAAAAAAUAUUUCCAAAUAGAAAAAUAUGAAAAAAUUCCUGACUUUGUCCUUGUUACAAAAUUAUUUUCAUCCCUUCGAAGUGAAUGAUUUUACUCUUAAAGUGUUACUAUGCUGAAAUUUGCAUCUCCUUAAUUCAAUCUAAGUCUUUCAAUUGAUAAUUCAUGAUAAUAUGAAAUGCAUACAUAUAUGGACUUCGUCCUUGUUAAGAAAUUAUUUUCGUCCCUGUUAAGUGAAUGAUUUAACUCUUAAAGUGGUACUUUGCUGAAAUUUACAUCUCUUCAAUUCAAUUCAUGAGAAUGCGAAAUGCGCACAGGUUCAAGCCAAUAGGUGGCUAAACUUCUACAGUUUUGUUAUGUUUAUUGACAGAACACACUCUAUAUUUAACCCUUUAAAUCCCUUGAUUGACUAAAAUGGAAUUUCUCCCAACAAUAUCAAUAUCAAGUAGAUGAGAAAAAAGAAAAAGAUCAAUUAGGGAAUUAUCAGUUGAUCUAAUACCAAAUUCUCCUGGCUAACUUUAGAAGAAGUGAGGAGAAUUACUUAUGAGAUCUUAGGAGUGAAAGAGGUGAAGAGUGGAUCAUGAACUAGGUGUCAGCAACUGUCAGGAGAGCUUUGACUCUAUUUCUGUCUCUCCCUUGUCUCAUUAGAAUACUGAACUUGUUGAGAGACUUAAAGAACAUGUCAGCAACAACAACAACAACAAUACAGAGGAACAACCAUUGUCAUCAAGUUCUCACCAAGAAACAGAGGAACCUAAAAAACUGGGCAAUGUUACCUUUGAAAAAGCUGACAGUCAUGUACAGGAAGUGAAUGAACCCAAAAAACUAAGCAAUGUUACUUUUGAAAUAGCUGAUAGUCAAAUCCCCACAGAUGAACAUGUCCAUGUUAGCAGUAAUGAUAGUAGUAGCUGUGACUCUCUAAGUAGUCGUUUAGACCUUCAAGCAGGUGACUUGAAUGGGUGUGUCAACCCAGACAGCACAGUAGAAGCAAAUGAUCAAGCAAAUGCAGAACAAGCAAAGUCUAAACCUGAUUUGUCUUCAAGCAGAAUUUUGAAAGACCUGAACUGCACAGACCCACCUUCCACAGGUCAGUAAAACGAUAAAUGUGUAACAGCUAAAAUUAUUUUAAGUGACUCUAAGACCUAAUUUUGCAACAUAUUUUCUAUAAGUCCAAUAAUUAGAAACCCUGGAAAUCUUGUUAAUUUGGAUAAAUAAUUACAUUUGUAACAAGAGAACUUAACAUAUGAAGCUACAUGUAUGUGACCAACGGCAUUCAGACAAAAUUUUGCACAUGCUAUCUAUAGUCUCAUUUUUCCAAACUAAACCUUAGCACCUAGGAGUGACUUGAAUCUAAUGUCUCCUUACAAUAUCACCCCUGGAUCACACAUUAAGGUCACAAGAAUAUAAGAGAUUAUCACAAAGUAAAGGAGCUCUCCAAAAAAAUUCUUCUUGUCAGCAUCUUAGGAAAUGUGUGGGGAAUGGUGCGGAGAAUAUGUAUACUGAUGUUAAGCAGGCAAUUUAGUGUUAACAACUGAGUUGUAAACGUUAAUUAGCCUCCGUAAAGGGUUAAAAAGCUGAUGUUUCGAGCGUUAGCCCUUCGUCAGAGCCAUUGGGUUAACGCUCAAAACAUCAGCUUUUUUACCCUUUACAGUGGCUAAUUUACAUUUUCAACUCAGAUGUUAACACUAAAUUACCUGCUAUACUCUCCCACUGAUGCAGCACCACAGUUUCUUUAGAAACUUACUCCUUUAUACUGAUGUUACGCAGCAGAGGGUUGAAAACACAACUGUCUUACCUGUAUCACUAAAAGAUUUAAGAGGAAGUAGUAACUAGUGCCUACAGCAUAGACAACUUAGCUUAUCAAUGGCUUGCAAACACUUGAUAAACAAAGAUAGUUCUAUCCAUCAUCAAAAAAUUAGCCCAUGUGUCAAUGUGCAUUCAUUGAAAUAUGAAGUAUGUGGGAAGUUUAAAACACAAAAGAUGCAUAUUGCAAGGGUUGCUGACAGCUUAGCUCAGGGCAACUGCAGCUUCUUAAGUGCUUCAUAUAGGCUUACAGCUGCCAAGUGAACCAAUUACAUUGUAACAUUUUUAAACACUGUUAAUGUGGCACAUACUUUAGAGAGAUUCCCUCUGUCAAGCUUCAAUGUGCUUGAACAAUUGACAUCAGCAUGGAAAAAAGGAAUAUGAAGCAUUCUCAGAAAACUGAAUUUAGUCUGCAAAUUUCAUUAAGUAACAGAUAGCUAAGUUAUUACAUUGAUUUAUAACCUUUACAGGUCAAAACAGUGACACAAAGAAAGCUAAAUUGGAUACUUGUACCAAAUGGUGUGUUGUUGAGGGCCUUUUUAAACAGGAAAACAAGGCAAUGUGGAAGAAGAUUUGUCUUUCUGGAGGGAAGGCUAUGAUUUCCAAUAGUUUUGGUAAAAGAGUCCCUUUUAUUUUGGAGCCAUGUGGAUUGAUGACGCCCAAAGACUGUGAUGACAACUAUAUCUGUGGAAGCUGUGUCAGGGACAAUGAAGUAGCAUUAAGAUGCAAAGGUAGCUCAAGAGUUGUGCAUUCUUCUGCUGUGCCACAAGAACCUGAUGAUGCUGGUAAGGUUGUCACCAUUUCUUGUCCUCCCAAGCAUUCAGUUACUUUAAGUUGUAAUGGCCAACUCAGAGUGUCUGAUAAAUAUUCCUGUUUAUUCCUGGAUUCUGCAUGGGGCUUGUUACGUUUUAAAAAUCUCAGGUAUCUGUAAUUGGGAGAAGCCUGGCACAAAAAAAAAUUAAAAAACUAAAUAUGAAUUCUUUAAUGUCGUACAUGAAGGAGGCAGGUACUGACUCUUGAAUAUCUAGGUGCUGGUAUAUACACCAGCUCUGUCUUUUAAUGAGAACUCUGCUUAGAGAAGUAUUCUGCUCCUCUUAGUCAAUCAUUGGAUACUUGUCCAUUGUAUGUAACCCUGAGACACUUUUUCCUGGUUUCCUUGUAGCUUUUCUCCAACCAGUUAUACUCCAGAUAUCUGAUAUUUCUCCUCUUCUUAUCAACUUUCUGUUUGGAAAAAAAAGUGAUAUUUUUUAAGGAGAAAUUCCUCUGAGGACAUUUCAGGGAGUGAAAAGGUUAACUAUGGAUCCUUGUUCUUUUUUGGCAUGUUCUUGCUUGACUCCCCCCAGGAGUUUCAAUGCAUCGCAGCUAAUCGUAAGGAAAGCCUAGUGAAAUGCAGGGGGGUAACCUUUCAGUGGAUUGGCAUCCCAUCCAGGGAAGAGUAAUAAUACUCUUUGUUGCUUCAUACAACAGAAACCAGAAUAAGCGCUAACUGAAUGGGUCUGACUUAGCUGGAGUACAGAUGUUACUCUUUUUACCUUGGGAAUAGACGGACAAAGCUUUAUUUGUAUAAAUCAGUUAAAUUAAAUUAUAAUAAUUAUUUUCUUAUUUCACAGUAUUGUUGAUUGAUUAGAAAAUAAUGUUUUUUUUUUCCCUUAGUAUCAAGAUGGUUAUGUGACACUUCGUGAACCAUACUUAACUAUGAAAUAGCAGUCCAAAAGUGACAUGCUUACCUGUACAAUGUAGAUUUUUCAUUAAACUUGGUAAGUUUCUUUGCUUAUCCUGAAUGCUCUGUUUUUUCUCGCUUUAGAGCCCACUGCUGUAUGCAGCACACCCUUAUCAUCCAGUCACAGUCUGUUGACAAGCUUUUCAAGAUCAGGCUCAGUGAAGCGCAAGAGAAGUGAAGAUGCAAACAGUUCUGUAGUGAACUCAUCGACUGACUCUAACCAAAUGGAGAAGAAACCGAGAAAAGAUACCAUUAUCAGAUCUGGUAGCAGCACUCCAGCAAGCCCUCAAGUUCGCAGAGCUAGGGGAGAACAGCUGGUGUUACCCAGGUGAUGAUAAUGUUACCUCUCCCCAAUGUCUUCCAUCUAUUUUCCAGCAACAAGUUAUGAGAAUAAUGAUUUUAGAUAUAUGAAAUUCAUAUAUUUGCACUGUGGUAAUGAAACAAAUUUAAGAGAUCCUUGCAGCUAAGAACACCACUGAACUAGUAGUUGAAAAUAGGACCUGAAAAAAAUCUUGUACGGGCCUGAAUUUUUUCAGGUCCUAUUUUAAACUACUAUUUCAGUAGUGUUCUUAGCUGCGAGGAUCUCUUAAAUAAGUUAUGAGAAUUUUUUUAAGUCAUCAGCUUAGAGUUUUUAUCUCCAAUUUGGUAUCCUCUUCAAAUGAUCUAACAUCAAGUUAUUAUAAUUGUUAAAUAACUUAAUCUCAUUGAAUGGAACUGCUUCAUCCUUUCAACUCCUAAGGGUGACUAGCAUCUAUUUUCUCCUCACAGCAUCACCGCUGAAUCAAAAACUCAAGUCAUGAGAAUAAAAGAAAUGAUCACCACCUUAAGAAGAUCAUGAUUAUGAGACAAAUUCUCCUUUUCAGUACCAUAGGAAAUGUAUUAGAACGGUAUGGAGAAUAUGCAAACUGAUGUUAAGGACUCACAGGUUAAUAAUGAUUUUUUCAGAAACCUCACGAGACCAUGGCAACCAAAGAAAACAACAAAGACGUCACAGAGUGUUGUUAGAGAAGACACAGAAUUUGCCAAAAGAGUUGAGGAGAUUAUCAAAAAAACACAACCAGGCUCAGACGAAGAAAUGUUCAUGAUAAUGUUUUCUAAAUCUAGCAGGAUUCAACGUUCACCUACUAAGACUACUGAGUAAUGUUCUUAUUUUAAGUGAGAUUGCAUCAAAGUUUUAAUUUGCGGGAGGUUUUGGCAGCCUACAACUUUGAUAAAUAUUGUUUGUAAACAAGAUUGUAACAUAGCUUCAUUGAAUGAGUAAAGAGCAGUAAUUGAAAUUUUUCAAGUUGUAGCCUAAGCAUCCAAUUUGACUCAGAAUUUCUCAUUCCAUCUAUUUGUAAAACAUUCUUUUUAAAAUAAUUCCUCUUUUCCUUACAGUUUUUUUAGACUUUAUUUUAAGUACAUUUACUGUUAAAAGUUUAUUGUCCUUACUGUUAGAUCCUGAAUUUUAUUUUGAUGUUGUAGUUUCCUUGUUAAAUUUGUUUAGUUACAAAUCAAAAACAUAGGGAGGACAUUACUUUAGAUAUUUUUUUCAUGAAGUGUUUUGUAACUGAAAAAAAGCCCAUCUUACACUUAAAAUGGGAAGGUAUAUUUGAAGCUCAGUGAAGGAUGCAAGUCAGAAGAAAAUUUAUGUUUAGGAACAGUGAAAUUAUAACCUGUUUACUGUUUUCUCCCACAAUAAUGGGUACAGUGAAAGCCAAAAAAAAACUUUCAUGCACUUUAGGUUGAAAUUAUUAACAUCCUGUGGAGAAUUCAAGGAUUCAAGAAAACUGCUUUUAGGAGUGCUUGUUUGAAAUUCAUUACAAUCUGCAGGAGUUUCAAAAAAAGCCAGAAAGUGGCAUUCUUCCAUCACC